CUAAAUAUUGAGGAAGUAGUGACAGACGGAUAACAGCGCUCAGUCCACAGCUGCAGUGUGUCUGUGACAUGAAAAUGUUCAGUAUCGGUUCCUGCUGACUUGUCGACAUUUGACAGCAAAUACCACUGCUGAGUGACAGACUAUUUGAAGUCGUUUUCUUUUCUCUGUCCUGAAGAGAGACGCAUCUGAAAGCAUCUGUCCAGAGAGCCGCCGCAGGUACUGAAACAUUUAUACCGACAAGAAACCAGCCUGAACAAGCUGUCCAGGGCGUUUGACUUUUAAUUUAUGUGACAGCAGCUGAGAACAUCCUGCUACACCCGCUGACAUCCUCAUAUUUAUGCCGUUUUGUAUUUUUGGAUCACCGACAACAGAUUCACUGAACGUCUCUAUCUUUCAUCAUUCAGAGACAUUUCUGUCCUCGACAGGUUUUCAACGCAGAAACAUCACACCCUCCAGCCCUGCUCAUGGCAAAGAUGAGCUGGGCUGCCGGUACACAGUGUGUGGCCAAGGGGGGCCACAGGAAACCAAAACCUGGAGAACUGUCUUACCACAAAGGAGACAUCCUCACUAUUAUUGACACCAGCAUGAAGAAGGGAUAUUACAAGGCCAAACACAACACCACGGGAGAGGAGGGACUCAUAAACUCCACCAAUGUGCGUGAAAGAGAGGCUCUGCGUGUCGACCCCAGCCUCAGCCUCAUGCCGUGGUUUCAUGGGAAGAUCUCAGGUCCGGAGGCGGUGUGUAAGCUGCAGCCAGCCGAGGACGGCCUGUUCCUGGUUCGAGAGUCCAUCCGCCAUCCCGGCGACUACGUCCUGUGUAUCAGUAUCUCUGGAGAGGUCAUCCACUACAGGGUGAUUUAUAAGGACAACAAGCUGACCAUCGACAACACAGAGUAUUUCUACAACCUCAUCGACAUGAUAGAGUUCUACUCAAAGAACAAAGGCUCCAUCGCUACAACUCUUCUGAAGCCCAAACAGAAACAAGGAGCCAAGUCAGCUGAGCUGGAGUUGUCUAAAACUGGGUGGCUGCUGGACAUCGCAAAGCUCAAACUGGGAGAGAGUAUCGGAGAGGGAGAGUUUGGUGCUGUUUAUGAAGGAGAGUAUAUGGGCCAGAGGGUGGCAGUAAAGACCAUCAAAUGUGAUGUCACCGCUCAGGCCUUCCUGCAGGAGACCACGGUCAUGACGAAGCUCCAGCAUAAAAACCUGGUGCGACUGUUGGGGGUCAUUCUUCACAAAGGGCUUCAUAUUGUCACAGAGCUCAUGACGAAGGGAAACCUUGUCAACUUUCUGAGGACAAGAGGACGUUCAGUUUUAAACUCAGUUCAGCUGCUUCGCUUUGCUCUUGAUGUUUGUGAGGGGAUGGAGUACCUGGAGUCCAAGAAGUUGGUUCACAGAGAUCUGGCAGCUCGUAACGUGCUGGUCUCUGACGACAGCGUGGCCAAGGUCAGCGACUUCGGCCUGACCAAGGUGGACUCAAAGGUGUCAGAUAACGCCAAACUGCCGGUCAAAUGGACCGCCCCCGAGGCUCUGAAGAAAGAGAAAUUCUCCACAAAGUCAGACGUUUGGAGCUACGGUGUUCUUCUAUGGGAGAUCUUCUCUUACGGUCGUCAGCCUUACCCUAAGAUGUCUCUGAAGGAGGUGAAGGAGAUGGUGGAGGGGGGAUAUCGCAUGGAGGCUCCAGAGGACUGUCCGCCCGGUGUUUACUCCCUGAUGAGGAUAUGCUGGGAGCAGGAGCCACGCAGAAGACCGGCUUUCAACAAGUUGAGAGAGAAACUCGAGCGAGAGAUGGGUAAAUGCAGUCCGAGCCCACGGUCCGAGCAUCGGGAUGGAUCUGGAUGCUGAUCUUGACUGUAAAUCUUGAACUCAAAAAAAUGAGGCUGGAGUUGUGGCGAUGGACAGGUAAUACACACACUGUUACCCGCUCCUGUGUUGGUGUGCGUCACACAAAAUGGUUCAGUAGAGUUCUUACUGGAUUCUUUUAACCUAACGGAUGGGACAAGACAGUCAUAAUGUACCACUGGUUCUCAUGUGAUGCCGAUGAGAGAGGGUUUUGUGGUUGGAGCCAUGAAUAUACAAAACUUUGCUUUAGUGUAUCUGAGCAAAGCAAAAUGGAUGUAUCAGACCGUGCAGCAUGGCUCUAUGGAUGGCAGUGUGGGUGUGUUGGUUGCACCACUGCUUUGGAUCCUUGGCGUGAAACGUUGUACAGACAUUCCUAGUCCCCAGAGGAUAAAUCCCAAUGACUUUGAUGAUCCUCUGACUUUUCCUCUAGCACCACCAACAGGUUGACAAGCACAGUCUCUAACACUCCCCUCCAGCCAGCUGAGACGAAACGGAGCAUUUCUGACAUUCCCCAGACUGUGAAAAAAAAAGAAGUGGACGUAGCCGCUGUGACAUCACCCAUUGGUUUGUGGACUACCGCUUUGAAGCUUCGAGUUUGGCAUUUUGGCCUUUGCCAUCUUGGUGGAAUAGAGGGCAAGCUGGGGAGGAUACACAUUGCUACGACCCUGUCCUGACUGACAGGUUGCUGUGGUAGCCAUGUGUCAAUCACAAAGUCACCACGUAUGAGACUGCAUACCCUGCUUUACCAUCCUUUUUACUCUAAAUGGGACCAACAUUUACAAGAUGAGCGCCGAGUUCCACUGAAGACGACUUGAAACUAGCAAUUGAGACCAAAAAUUUGUUGGGCAGAUGUUUACAGGGGUAGUAAAUCAAGUGAGAAUUAGCGUCAUUUCUCAUAGACUUCUAUAAAUUGUACACACAAAUUGUUAACAAUAACUUCUGGGUUGAAAACCCCUGCAUCACAUACAUAAUGUCAAAUGAAGCUGAGUUAACACCAACCCUGUUGGUUAGUUUAAGCAACCUAAAAGGAGGCCCACCAAAAAAAAAAAAAAAAAAUGCAAAAUGCUAUAUUUAAAACAUUUUCCCCGCUUUACCUUGCUGCUAAACAGCUCUUUCCGAAAAGCAACUGAAGCAGUUAUCCCAAAGCCUCCAGACCCCUUUGACAAAAACAAAAAUUUUACUUUGCAGAACACAGGAGUUGCUGGUCUAUCAUUUCCACAAUCCACAAGCAUAUUAAUAAUAAACUUAAAAAUAUACAUGAACAUUAUUUUAUACUAUGAAAAGGAAUGACUAAAUGUGAUUUCAGUUGGAUCUCACCACAGGACAAUGCACAGCCAAUAUCUGUGAAGUCUUUUGACACUGUGUUUGUAGCACCAUACUAGAUCCCAUUCAAUGACAAGAACAAACAAUGCAUUACUGCAGUUAACAAGUACCCAAAGCCGAUGGUUAGUGGCAGUACAGCACCAUAAUGUCUCGGGGAAAAACACCAUGUUUGAAUCUCCUGAAUGAUAAAUCAUGUGUGAAUGUCAGUUCAGUCAGUUUGAUGUACAGUUUGGCAUAAAUAGUUUAUUCAUAUUUAAUGUUUGGGAGAAACAACAGGCAGAGAUUAAACGUAUGGGAAGCAGAGAGAUGGAGAAAGAGGAAAAAUGUUUAUCCUGGAUUUAAUCACAGAUUAUCCAAAUCUGUUUCUUGGUAUUAAUGCUCAACAAUAUGCCAUGGACUCAGGGCUUAGAGUGAAAAAUAUUUAAUGCUGUUGCUGGUUUGUUAUAACAGAAGAAUUUUACUUAAUGCAUACUUAAAAACACAGUGUGUGAAGGCAACACUGGCAGGUUUAUUUGCAGCAGAUACUCUGUUAAGGAGCUUUUUGACUUCAGAGAAAAACUUUGGAAUUUACCGUUUGGAAUUUGUUUUUUAGAAACCAAAUCUCACACUAUUUUGUUACCUAGACGCCAGAAUAAAUGUUGGAUUUAUA